UUUAUGGAUACCCCACUACCCGACUAUAAUUGACCUUCAGUGGUCCUCAUUAGACAAGGAGAUAACAGAGGAUUUAAGUGCAGCAGAGAGGACCAACUCAGUUCCAAGAUCCAAAGAUGGAGAAGAGGUUGGCCAUUGUAGGAGCAGGCAUCAGUGGGCUCUUAGCUUGCAAAUAUCUCAUGGAAAGAGGCUUUGAUUCAGUAGUUUUUUAAGCCAAAAACAAUGUUGGGGGAGUGUGGACUGGCACCCCCGAAUCCACAAAGUUGCAGUCACAUAAAUACACAUACCAAUUUGCUGAUUUUCCAUGGCCUGAGAGUGUGAAAGAGAUUUUCCCAGACCAUAACCAGGUGUUGGAGUAUUUAGAAUCAUGUGGUGGGCAUUUUGGGGUCAUAGAGAAGGGGAAGUUCAAGGAGUUAGAGUAUGUUGGGGUGAGAGAGGAGGAUCUGAUGUUGUGGAGUCUUUGGGGAGGCUUUUGGAUCACAAGGAUCAUGGGAUGUCAAUGUCCAGGACCUGAAUCUUGGAUCAUGCCAGGUGUAUCAGGUAGAGUUUGCAGUCUUACGUGUGGGCCGAUUCGGAGAUCUGCCCAAAUUACCCCGAUUUGAACCGAGAAAAUGAUCUGAAGUUUCGGAGAAAAGGUUAUGCAUGCCACGGACUACUCAGCCUUGGAAGACUCGGAUGCGGUAGAGCUAGUCCGUGGAAAGCGAGUUGCAGUAGUGGGGUCGAUGAAGUCGGCCCUCGACAUAGCCACCGAUUGUGCCAACGUAAAUGAGUUCCCUUGUACACUAAUCUACAGCACUCCAAUAUGGCUCAUUCCCCAAACCCCUGAAUGCCUGAUGCUUUUGGGCCUCCUCUUCGGCUCGCACUUCUUCGAGUUAACACUUCAUAAACCCGGAGACGGAUUUUUCCUAGCUCUCUUAACUACUCUUCUCACCUCUACGAGAUGGGUGAUAAUCAAGAUUAUGGAAUGCUACCUAAGAUGGAAGCUCCCCUUAAAGAAGAAUGGCUUCCAACCCAAACACAGCUUUCAACAAUCAAUUUCAGCAUGUGUUUUUGCAGCCUGCCCUCAGCAUUUGUUCAGUAGAGUAGAAGAGGGGAGCAUUUUCCUAAGAGAGUCUUCAAACUGGAGUUUUUGUGAAGGGGGAUUACGUUUCGAAGAUGAAUCGAGGCCGUUGGAUGUGGACCUAGUGAUCCUAGCCACAGGUUCCAAAGGCGACGAAAAGUUGAGAGACUUGUUUGUAUCACCCAAAUUUAAGGACUACAUCAUGGGUCCGGCUAAUGGAAUAGUUCCUCUAUACAGGGAGGUGGUACACCCUCGGAUUCCUCAAUUGGUGGUGAUCGAAUACUCAGAGGACGUAUCAAAUAUGUACAUGUCCGAGAUGCUGAGUCGAUGGCUAUGUCAUUUUAUCGAUGGUAGUUUUCGGCUUCCACCCAUAAGGGAGAUGGACGAAGAGAUCAGGAGGUGGGAGAAGCACAGGAAAACCUAUGCUGGAAAAUACUACAGUAGAUCCUGUGUGGCCUCUCUCCACAUUUGGCACAAUGAUCAGUUGUGCAGGGACAUGGGUUGUAGUCCUUGGAGAAAGAAGGGAUUGUUAUCAGAGAGCUCUUUAGCCCUUAUAGUAUCAUGGAUUACCAUAAACUGUGAAUUGAUGAACAUUGAAAUCUUAGUGCAAGGUGAUACACAUUGAAGUUAUUGAAGAUUAUGAAUCAGAUACAACAUUAAAAUUAAGAACAAUUUAUGAGUAGUGUUAGUAAUGCUCUCCUGGGUCUAUCACAGUGUGCAACUCAUUAUUUAUUGAAACCAAUUGUCACUUGA